UUGUAAUGAACUGUAAAAUCUAAACAGUCUGCGUUAACCCUCACUGGAAUAGCGGUGGUUAAUGAGUUAAAGCACCGAAGAUCAAGAUCGAUGAUCUCCUCCGGGUCCACCUCGCCUAUCCUCCGUGACGUCCAGCGUGCUCCCGGUGAUUCUGAAGUAAGCGGCGACCCCCCACUGACUGACACCCUGCGAUUCCUGUGGUUCCCACGCAUCCUGUCUCCCAGCAUCCAACUUCAGUGCGUCGGGGUUCUGACGGGGGUUUGGACUAUCAUUGGACGCUUUAUUAAGUGGCUAUUCGGUCUGGCGCAGCCUCCCCCUGGGGCUGUACCUAACCCACAAGAUGGAGGCGUUUCUCUGGAGCCCUUCAUACACCAGGUGGGGGGUCACACCAGCAUGAUGUGGUACGAUGACCACACCGUGUGUAAGCCUCUGAUCAGCAGAGAGCAGCGCUUCUAUGAGUCUCUGCCUCCUGAGAUGAAGGAGUUCACUUCCGAGUAUAAAGGCGUGGUUCUGGUGUGCUUCGAAGGCGACUCCGACGACUCCAUCAACCUGGUGGCGUACCCGUACGUGGACAACAUGGAGGACGUGACGGAGGAGCUGGAGGAGCAGGCCGAGCAGAGGGAGGAGCGGGCCGAGCAGAGUUCUGUGAAACAGAGCCCCCGGCUGGACCCAAAGGUCCGCUCGGACGUCCUGUUCCAGAUGCUGGACACGAACAGCGGCGUGGCAUCGGAGAAGAUCAGCCUCAACCCCUGGAGCCUGGUGUGCCACAAGCAGCAGCUCAACCGCAUGAGAUCCGAGUCCAAGGACCGCAAGCCCUUCAAGUGCCUGCUGCUGGAGAACAUCGUCCACCCCUUCUCCUUCCCCUGCAUCCUGGACCUGAAGAUGGGAACCCGGCAGCAUAGCGACGACGCCUCGGAGGAGAAGGCGGCCCGACAGAUAAAGAAAUGCGAACAGAGCACUUCGGCGAAGCUGGGCGUCAGACUGUGUGGCAUGCAGGUGUACCAGCUGAGGACCGGCCUCUACUUGUGCAAGAACAAGUACUACGGGCGCGACCUGUCGAAGGAAGGCUUCCGCCAGGCGCUCCGCCAGUUCCUGGACAACGGGAAGGGCCUGAGACGGGACCUCUUUGAGCCGAUCCUGAAUAAGCUCCGCAGCCUGAAGGUGGUGCUAGAGAGGCAGGAGUCCUACCGCUUCUACUCUUCCUCGCUGCUCAUCAUCUACGAGGGAAAGGAGUCUGAAACUGCCCCGCCGCCCGGCCCUGGGCAGAGCGCCGCCCCUGCAGACGUUCACACCGCUCCCUCUCCUCACUCCGACAUUUCCAGUGAAACGGACUUCAACCAGAACCAGGACCAAGACUCGGACCUGGAGCCUCUGUCCUCUCAGGGACCCAGACAUUCGGCGCCAGACGCCCCCCCCUCUCCCUUUCCGCCCAGCGUGACGGACUGCUGCCCCUUUGUGCCCUGCCCCCCAUCAAAAUGUCCCUCCCCGCCGCCGCCGCCUCAGCAGCCCCCUCUGGUGGACGUUCGCAUGAUCGACUUUGCCCACUCCACCUUCAGGGGUUUCCUCGACGACAAGGUCGUGCACAAAGGCCCGGACCAUGGCUACCUGUUCGGACUGGAGAACCUGAUCCAUAUUCUAGAGGACUUUCGAGACGAGAACCUGCCGUAGCUCCAGAGGCUCCCUCGCGGUUCUGUCGGACCAAACCGGCUCGGUUCUCUUCAAUAAACAACAAAAAAAGUCCUCCCACUCUAGAGAUUGAUCGGUCUUUAAGCAAACACACACACACACCUCUUACUGUGAGUCCAUUCAGGUCAGACCGCACCGAGGAGACGGGACGGCGCCGCCAAAAUGGCCGCACACCAAACUGAUCUCUCGUUACGAGGACCUCCGUGGUUUAAAGCAUUCCCUCACCAUCACACAUCAAUGCCUAACCACAGAGCGGCAGUGACAUCACAGCAGGUGGCCCGCCGCCGUCCUGAGGGGAUUUUAACUGCUUUAAUCCAGAACGGUGCCGGUUCUGAUAAAAAGUUAGAAACAGCAGCUGAAACUACAGAGAAGGGUUUUAAUUGUGCAUAAAUGUAAAACAAAAGCGGCGCCUGCAACCCGUCGGCUGGCAGAAGAAGGGAACCGGUGUGGCCACUAGGGGGAGUAUUUUUCUAGAUUAAAGCAUCUUUAAGGGAAGCUCAAAAAUCAGAGGAUUUUUCUCGUCCUGUCGGCCGGACUCAACUACAUCCUGGGAACAUUGUGGUUGGACGAAACGUCCACUGACCGACCAAUCAGCUCCAAUCCCAGCGCAGCUCCUCCUCCUGGCUCCUCAGAAACCGAAACCCACAACAGUGAAUAGGGGCCAAAAAAGAACCAAAUAUCCACUGAAAAACUCAGACAUUAAGAGAGUAAUUUCAGAAGUUUUCUGGAAAAAACAAGGAAAUGUAUGAUCUCUAAAAGUCUAAAAUGUGCAAGAAAAAAAAAAUCUUAAUUUUUUUCUAGAAAACAUUGUGGAAAAUUUUCCACUUUCUCCAACCAA